AUGUCCACAUUCGAUGACUGCCGUGCAUACUUUGAAAACGGCAACCAAUUGUCCCAAGAUCAACUAAAAGCUCUAAGAGCCCUACCGGAAAAGGAAAAGCUCGCUCUUGUGGAGUACAUCGCUUCAUCACCGUCUGAUCGUCUUCCAUGUCUCGAAAAGUAUGGCACAGAAGGCGCUGCUCUCGUGCUGUCGGCUCUUCCAGAUAAGCAAUUGUCUUUGAAGGUGUUUGAAUUUUGCAAAUAUAAGCUUAGUUCAGCUCUGGACGCUUCCAUUGCAGAGUUCUACCUUUCAGUGUACGCCAACAUCGCGUCCAAGUAUGAGAUCGAUGAUUUCCUUUCAGUGCCUCAAAUUUUAGACCUUUUGGCCAUUGAGCAUGAAAAACUACAUGCAAUUGUUGUCUUUACCAUUGUUAGCAUGUCAAAACGGAAACCCAUGGAAACCUCACAAGCGAUAGAGAGGUACCUCACAGGCAUCGUGGACCAGGAGCCGAAACUGAUCUCACCUCAGCAGUACAGUCUGCUCUUUGAGACCCUUCAGGCGCUUUAUCCUCUUUUUCCUGAACAGCUCAAAAAGGUGUACACUAGCGAUGGCUGCAAAAACGCCAUCUUGUAUCAGGUAGCCAGGUUGACCUCUGGCAGGGGAGAUAUCGAUGCCGAUAAGGUCUCCAAAAUGCUUCAGGUGGUUUCUCUGACCUGUAUCAACGAAGCUUCCAGACAUUUCAACUCACAACACUACCUUACCUUUUUGAUUACAGGCUCUGAGAUGACCCUGGUCCCUCAGGUCGUUGCUCUUUCGCUACUUUGCAUCGUUAAGUUAUGGAACUUUAAACAGAUCGAGUCUCAGAUCUCUCAGAAGACUGUGUUAUCAAAAACGGUGGGUCUCCUAAAGUCAGAAUUACCUCCUCUGGCUCUUCUGGCUGUCUUGGAGGCUUUGACAUACUUGUCUUUGAGCGGGACAUGUCGAUCCUCUAUAUUCCAAGAUGAAGAGAUAACCGAUAGACUCCUAUCAAUCCUCAAGUCAGAGAAAGAGUCUUCCAAUGUUUAUGGUGUUCUUCUAGUCUUUGCAAAUUUGACAAAGAUGAAAGACAUUUCAGAAGUUAACGAGCGCCGAAGAAUGAAAUAUGCUGCGUCAGCCAGUAACCCUGGAAAUCAAGAUUUGGGCGAGGUCAGCGAUGAGACCGUCAAGCUUUAUAAUCUGGCUUUGGUCAAGUCUCAGAAAGUUGUUGGAACCUUUAAAAAGCUAGAUUUGCUGAAGGUCAACAUAAUGAAGGAAUGCGUUACGAUUAUCUACCACUUGUCCCAGAAUCCAGAGAAUGCUCUUCAUCGAAGCCUUGUCAUGCAAGGUGGACUCAACUUAAUCUUGAAGUACCUUACGACAUACUCAGGCAUUGAUAAAGAACACGCAAACACGCAUGGUUUAUCGACAGACGAGAAUGAGCUAGAGCUCAGAGUAUCUGCUCUUCGUGCUCUUGCGAAUAUGUGUCUGUCGGUUGACCCCAGACUAGCAUUCAAUGAAUAUGACAUUAAGACAGCAGUUCCCUUUUUGACAGAGCUUUUCGGUUUAGAUACGUCUUUUGGACCCAAAGCCAAAAAGGAUGCUACCACAGUUAUUGCUGGGCUACUUUCCCAAAUAGACCAGUUCAAGGCGCUUUUGGCUCUCACUAACUUAUGCUCUCAGCCAAACAAGGAGUUGAACAAUCUAAUCAUUAAAAAGACCUUUGAUCAACAUUUGAAGAAUUUUAUUAUUGAAAGCACCAACCCGGAUAUUCAACGUGCCUCUUGGGAGCUUAUCAACAAUUUAAUCCAGGAACCUGCCAUGCUAGCGAAGUUCUUCAAUCCAGAUAACUCAACGAGUAUGACUAAUUUGGAGAUAUUGGUCAAAAUGCUACAUGCUCGAGAUGAGAGUCUACAAGAGGUCAUUGCCGGAUUGUUGGCGAAUAGUACAAUGGAGUUUGAUCUUGUCACUACAGUUAUUCUUUCUCAGAAGGGUAUUUUUGAUCAAUUAAAAGCCAUAGCUGCGGAUAUUUUUCAAAAACAGCCAGAUGCAAGCGGUUUAAUGCUAAGAUUGGGUACUUUUAUCGGAAAUGUGAUGGACACCGCAGAACAAAGCGGCAACUCAGACUUCAAGAAAGACAAGCAGUUUUUGAACUCUUCACUGAACUAUUAA